UAAUGAAGAAGGCUUCCUUGCUUUAGAAAUUUUAUACCCUUUUCUUUGCUUGUCAUCCUUUGGCAUUCUUGAAUUAUAUCUGAUUAUUUAUUCAUUCCCAAUGGGCAGAUUUUGAAGCUAUAAAAGCAAAAUAGUCAUACCCCAUCGAGGGUGGAAGGUGUGGAGGAAUUUUGGAUUAGGCUAUGGGACACUUUUCCUCCAUGUUCAAUGGAUUGGCGAGGCCAUUUUUGAUAAGAAGAGAGAAGAAUUCCCCUGGGAAUAGUGAUGGAAGAGAUGCUGCUGCUGCGAUGGCAAAGGAAGCCAAGAAGAAUGACUUGAUAUUGAGGUCUUCUGGUUGCGUAAAUGUUGAUGGGUCUAACAACUUUGUCUCAGUUUUCUCCAAGAGAGGUCAAAAAGGAUUUAACCAGGAUUGUGCUAUCGUAUGGGAGGAAUUUGGAUGUCAAGCAGACAUGCUUUUCUGUGGGAUAUUUGAUGGGCAUGGACAAUGGGGUCACUAUGUGGCGAAAAAAGUCAGAGAAUCAAUGCCUUCUUUCUUGUUAUGCUACUGGCAAGAGGCUCUAGCAUCCCUUGGGCCAGAUAUUGAUUUAGGAUCUGAUAAAAAGAAUCAAGGAUUCAAUAUAUGGAAGCAUGCCUAUACGAUGACUUGUGCUGCUGUUGACCAGGAGCUCCAGCACUGUCGUAAGAUUGAUUCAUUCUUUAGCGGAACAACUGCCUCGACAAUUGUCAGACAGGGAGAACUGAUAUAUGUGGCAAAUGUUGGUGAUUCUCGUACUGUAUUGGCUACCACUUCAGAUGAUGGAAGCUUGGUGCCAGUUCAACUUACUAUUGAUUUCAAGCCUAAUUUACCUCGGGAGAUUGAGCGGAUAACUCAGUGUCAAGGAAGGGUGUACUGUAUGGAUGAUGAGCCUGGGGUUCACAGGGUUUGGCUUCCUGAUGAAGAAUCACCUGGACUCGCAAUGUCUAGAGCCUUUGGGGAUUACUGCAUAAAGGAUUACGGACUUAUUUCUGUGCCUGAAGUGACACAUAGGCAUAUAACAAGCAGAGACCAAUUUGUUGUUUUGGCAACUGAUGGCGUCUGGGAUGUCGUCUCUAAUCAAGAAGCUAUUGAAAUUGUAUCUUCAAUACCAGACAGGGCAAAGGCAGCUAAGCAUCUAGUAAAGUGUGCUGUGCAUGCAUGGAAAAAGAAAAGAGGCAUUGCAAUGGAUGACAUUUCAGCAAUCUGCCUCUUCUUUCACUCUUCUCCUUCAUCCCAAUCCCAGCUAGUUAGCUCUGCUGCAGCUGGAAAAUUGUAAUGUUAUCAGCUAGAUAAAUUGUGCUCCUCGUUCUCAUUUAAUUUAGUUGGUUGGAAAAAUCUCCAAGUAAUGCUCUUAUCUUUCUCCAUUUUAUUAGCUAUCACCAUUUUAAUAACAAAUGAAGUAGAAGGAAAGGAAGCAAAAAUGCUGAUCUUGUUCUCCGGCCAAGAAUUCAAUCUCAUACAGAAUACAUGCAAUGAUGCUAUAUUGCUAGGAUUGCAUUACAGAAAUCUUACAAAAACACAGGUUCUGAUUCAGUUGAGUCCACCUAUUAUCAUCUUCUGGUACUUUUCUUGCUUCCUAUGUCAAUUAUGUGAUGGC